UCCUUGGAGUGAAUAGUGUUGGAAUAUGUGUUAAGAGUGUUUAAUGUAUGAGGGUUGGACUAUCUUGGUCCUUAAUGUAUAUUCCUUAAUAGACAUAGUCCUUCAUGUACACAAAAAGUAGACCUGUUUAGUCUACAGUCCUAAACCUAACGAUAUACUUCAAAACUCAAGUUAAACUUAAUCAUAUUUCUCACCUGCACUGCACACACAGAAAAGAAACCUUUUUACACGGUCAGCUUGAUGGCCUGAUAACAUAAAUAUGGCUUUAUUAAUUUCUGCAAUUUUAUCCGAGAGAGAAGAGAAGAAGAGAAGAGGGUUGAAGGUCCCGGAGGCUGAGCAGCACCACUAUCCACCAGUAAACAUAGAGGCCUCAUAUAAUUUCUUCCUUCAUGGAGUUUGUAGGCUUCCAGCAAAAUCAAUUAUCAAAAAACCUAGAGCCGCAAAACAACAAAUGCUGCCCAGACUUCGAUUUUCGUCGUGUAUUUUGAAAAGUUUCGGAGUUAUUUUUGCAUAAACUAAUCAUUGCAAUUUUCCGAAAAUGAGUUCAAAGACACAUGAAUCACUAAGGUGCUAAGUUUCUCUCGUUAUCUCAGUUCACAUAUUAGCUGAGUUCUAUUUUUUUUUUUCAACAGCUUAAUUCUUUUUGUCAAGUUAACUUCUUAGAAAAAGGAAAUGGGGCGAUCCCGCUUCCCAAACUAUUUUGAUGAACACAAAAAAAUAAAGAAGCACGUGAGAUUUGGAAAAUGAAUUAUCAGCGUGAUAGAGCAGGAAGGUUUGUUUUCUCUCGCGUUUAUGGAGUCUCACAUGAGAUGCUCGUGACUAGUUCUGUCAAAUUUAACUGGAGUUUUGGGGGCUACUGUUAGUUUUAGGGCUAUAGACUAAAAAUGUCCACCUUUUCUAUACAUGAAGGACUAUUUCUAUCAAGGGCUAUAUAUUAAGGACCAAGAUGGUCCAACCCCCAUACAUUAAGGACCAUUUUGAUCAUUUCCUCUCCCUUAUAAAUACACCUCCUUCUCCAUCGUCUUUUCUUCGUAAUCAAGUUUUAGCAUUCCUUACACAUCUUACGAUAAACCAAUCAAUUACUUAUUUCUUGUGUUAACUACUUUAAUUUCUUGUGCUAUUUGUUUUUUUCCGAGUUAGAAGGGGGAAAAACAGCAACUAUAAUGAUGUCAAUAUUCAGUUCUUUUGACGUUCUCUCUGCUGAGAUAUUUGGCCUUAAGGUGAACCGCUCUUGGGUACCCAAUACUGAGAAGAAACAACAAGAGCAAGGGGUUUCGCCUCUUGCAUCCGAUCACAAGAACGAGGCUUCUCCGCCGUCAAUUGCUUCAACCGGUGGACUCAAGAAGGUCGGAGAGGCGGCGGGGCGGUCAUCUUCGCGACCACAGCAACAAAAGAGGCCGAGGUUUGCACUGGAAUUGGACGGCGUCCACUGUUUCGAGACAAUCCUUCCCUAUUGAUUCUCUUACCAUAAUUCCAAAAUUGAAUUAUUUUUUUUUUGCUUAAAAUUGAAAUUCUUUAUUCUUAUCUGGUUGUAAUUAACCAUGGGCAUGUAACCGUAAAUUCCAUUGAUACAAUUUAUUAAAUCUGAUAUUCUAUUAUUUUGAUUUA